AUACGUUUUUUUUUUUUUUUGUAUUUAGAUGAAAACUUCAAAAGUGAUUGUUAAUUUUUCUGGGGAAUCAGAAAUGCAGGACAUUCUGAGAGAGGUCCAGCGUCGAAAUAUAACAGGGCUUCAGUGGAUUGCCAGUGAGGCCUGGGCCACUGCAAAAUCUCUAUGGGAAAAGUCUGGAAAGCUCCUUCAAGGAACAUUAGGAUUUGCCAUCCAGAGAGCUGCUGUGAUUCCGGGUUUGCACCAACAUCUCACAAGUCUCUCACCGUUAUCCAUUCAUAAAACUGCAUUUUUGGACGAAUUUUGGGAGGAAACGUUCAAAUGUCGCCUAAAUGACUCUAUUAACACACAUUACCAUGGAGAAGAUACCUACCAUGACAGAAAGAUGUGUAAAGGGACAGAGAAGUUUGAUGAUGUCUACUCUCCAUAUUUUGAUGUAACACAACUGAGAGUGUCCUAUAAUGUCUACAAGGCGGUGUAUCUGGUGGCUCAUUCCUUGCAGGACAUGAGUGAUUGUAAAGAUGGAAAAGGGCCUUUUCAGAACGGAUCCUGUGCAAACCCAAAGAAUUUCAAACCUUGGGAGGUGAAAUCUGCUGUUACAUUCAUUAAAAUGUUAUGAAGCUAUGAGCUUUAGAUAUGAAAAUGAAUGAUUGGUGAUUUGUGCUUGGAUAACUUUCAAUCUUUUUUUUCAUCUUUUAGCUUCUCCACUAUAUGAAACGCACAAAUUUUUCUGUUCUCGGAAAGGAAGUCAACUUUGAUCAAAACGGUGACCCUAUCGCAUAUUAUGAUCUCAUGAACUGGCAGCAGAUGUCUGAUGGCUCUCUCAGUUUGGUGAAAGUAGGUUUCUACGACGCCUCUCUGCCCUCUGGACAAAACCUGGUCAUAAAUGACUCGAUGAUCCAGUGGCCUGUUGGAAAAAAGGUGUGUUCACAUCAAAGUGGCUUGAGGCCAUGUUCCCCUCUAAGGCUGCUCUAUUCACUGUUUAUUAAUGGCUCAGUUAAAUUGUUGCUAGAAGUUGCCAACAUCAUUAGAUUUAGAAACAUAAGGUAUUACUUGGCAUAAUCUUAAUCAUCCACUGACCAAAUUCAUUCUUAACGCCAACAUUACAUACAUUUAUGUUUUAUUAACACUUAUGACCAGUUUUAGAUGUGAGGAAUUAUUAGUAUCAUCUAAAUUCUGAGUCUACAAAAA